AUGUCUACCUCAACUAUCAAACCAUCUCCAUCAGUCUACGAGCAAUUAGAUGCGUUAUCAGUUUCUCCUUAUCCUUCGGGAGUAUUAUCAGCAGGACUAUUUUUAAAAGCACUUACUAAAACUUCAUCAGCAGUAACGAUACCCAAUUCGGGCACAUCAGGAUCAUCGUUUGCAUUUCAUAAGAAAUUGGCAGCCUCACAACCAACGCGAUUAUCGUGUACUUUAUUUGGCUCAGCUAUGGCUUUGGGCACCUACAUGAUGAUUGAUGGGGAUCCAUUGAAUGCCUCAGGCUUCAAUUUUGCUUGGCUGACUUUAUAUUUAAUUGUUAAUGGUAAGUCGUCUGUUCUGUCGGUUUUCAAAGGAAGACUAGCUCCAGUUGCAUUGUCAGGGUUGGCUUUAUUCGAUGCUGCGUUAUACGGUAGAGAAUUCUUUUGGAGCAAGAGAAGCCCCUUUAAUAACUAG